AUGGCAUCUAACAAAUUUGCUUUCUUCCUGUUACUUUGCCUAUGUGUUCUCUCAACCGCAGAAUUUGGAGAAGCACAAAACCCAACGGGACGGAAAUGCCCAGAUCCAAACGGCGUUGACAGGAAAGCGGAGUGUUACAGCUACUGUAGAGAUCAGGGUUUUCUCGGUGGAUACAUGCUAUUGUCCAUUUCUCAUCAUAAUAAGAAGAACAAUUAG